AUGUGGAACGACGAAGACAACAAUCCUUAUGGCACUAGCUUCGAUCGCCGCGACUCGCAGACAUCAUCCUCGGCCAAUCCCACAUCCCCAAUCUCCCAUGACUUCCAAAACAUCGAAGCGACGACACCUACCUCGGAGAGCGAAGAUGAAAUAGAAGUCCCGGUUGCUAGGCCGCACGGAAACCUCGGACAUGGCGAUGACGAUGUGGCAGCGAAAUCUGGAGCUGCAGUCAGGCGUAAACCGGGGGGCUAUGACAGCCGUAUCGAGCAGAUUUUAUACGAGUAUCCAGAUUUGCCUAUUCUUAUCACCGAGGCUGGAAAGAGCGUAGAGAGCGGCGGCCGAUAUAUCGUGUACACUAUCCGCACCGGGGAUCUGGAAGUGCGCCGACGUUAUUCAGAGUUCGCCUCGCUUCGUGAUGCGCUCACCCGUCUGCACCCCACAUUGGUCAUCCCACCGAUUCCUGAGAAACAUACCAUGGCGGACUAUGCUGCCAACCCUACCAACGCGAAGCAGGACCAGCAAAUCAUUGAUCUGCGGAAACGUAUGCUGGCCGUGUUUUUGAACCGUUGCCGUCGAAUGGAGGCCGUAGUAACGGAUGGGGUGUGGUGGAGGUUCCUUGAUCCUAAUGCAAGCUGGAGCGAGGUUUUGCACUCUCAUCCGGUUGCCUCGAUUCCAAAGUCUGUUUUGCGGGCACCUCCCUUGGAUCCAGCAAACCCUUCCGAGGCGCACGCGUACCUCCCCGUACCAUCAACCUCCGCAAAGCUAAAGACCACGGGAAGUUCUUCCUAUAAUAUGAACGCAUCCGCGAUCCAGGGUGGUGCAAAUGGCAUUAGACGGUUCCCACCUGAUUCCCUGGGAAUGAGCGAGCAGGAGCUUGACACAUAUUUCAUAUCAUAUGAAGCUUCGAUCAAGGAACUAGAGAACCUCUUGACAGGUCCUAUGGAGAAAGUCAAUCGUCGUACACUCAGCCACCUUUCAUCAUUGGCUGCCGAUCUUUGCGAGCUCGGAUCAAAAUACAACGCCUUUGCCUUAUCUGAACCAGCUCCCACAUUAGGGCCAGCCAUUGAGAAAGUUGGACAGGCAGCAGAUCUAUCUUACAUUGCUACGGAAGAGCUUUCGGGUUCCCUUGGAGCGAGUUUUGCCGAACCGAUGAGAGAGAGCGCGCAGUUUGCAGGGGUGGUUCGGAGUGUCCUGCGGUACAGGGUCAUGAAGCGCGUGCAGCAAGACCUCACUACUGAUGAAUUAAACAAGAAGAGGGCUCUGUUGGACCAACUAGAGCGCAGUGAAGCCGAGGCUAGACGUAUCGACCAAUAUCUCUCGAGCAGCCAACAAAUAUCACCGCCACCCAAACGAUCGACGAGUCUUAAGGAGUCGGCGCCCGGUCACAGACGAGACGGAAGUCAAGAGGAUACAGAAUCCAUCGACUCUGAUUUCCCUCCAACUCAUGGGGAGUCAGCGGCCCCCUCAGCGAGCCAAGGUGUCCCAGAAAGGAGUACUAGCGUGGGCCAUAGGAAGAUUCCCAGCGGGAACUCAUUUACGAAUAAGAUCUUUGGCCCGAUCCGUCACGCGGUACAGGGUGUUGUGGAUCAUGACCCCGAGCGAACAAGACGAGACACGAUCGGAAAGACGCGGGAGUCUAUUGGACAGCUUGAGCAGGCUCAGGUUGUGUCUGAGACUGACGUGAAAAUUGCAAGUGCCAGCGUUCUCGAAGAUUUGAAGAGAUUUCAGAAUGAGAAGGAAGAAGAUUUGCGCCGUUACAUGCUCGCCUACGCUAAGAGUCAAAUCGAAUGGGCCAAGAAAAGCAAGCAGCAAUGGGAAGAAGCCAGGACUGAGAUUGACAAGAUAGAAGAGAGUUGA